AUGGCGGCGGCGGCGGCGCCGCUGCCCCCGGCGGCGCGGGCGCCCCCUGGCGGUGUGGCGGGGCGGGCGGCGGCGGCUCCGGGGGCGGCGGCGGAGCCGGGGGAGGCGGCCCGGGCCGAGGGCGCCGAGGGGCUGUUCGUGGUGCUGGGAGCCGGGCUGGCCGCCGCCAGCCACCCGCUGCUUUACGUCAAGCUGCUCGUCCAGGUCGGGCACGAGCCGCUACCUCCAACCGUUGGAAGAAAUGUGCUGGGAAGGAAAGUCCUGUACCUGCCCGGCUUCUUCACCUACGCCAGACACAUUGUGGAAGUGGAUGGGAAAAGAGGCCUCUUCCGCGGUCUUACUCCUCGCCUCAUCUCAAGCACUUUAUCAACCAUCACCAGGGGGAGCGUGAAGAAGGCCUUUCCACUGGAAGACAUGGAGCACGUUUCUAACAAGGAUGAUGUGAAGACCUCCCUUAGAAAAGUGGUGAAAGAGACAUCUCAUGAGAUGAUGAUGCAGUGUGUGUCCCGGGUUGUCUCACAUCCACUGCAUGUGAUCUCUAUGCGCUGUAUGGUCCAGUUUGUAGGCCGGGAAGUCAAAUACAGCGGUGUGUUCAGCGCCAUUGGCAGGAUAUUUAAAGAAGAAGGGAUCCUGGGAUUCUUUGUCGGUUUAGUCCCUCGCAUCCUGGGGGAUGUUAUCUUCCUCUGGUGCUGCAACCUCUUGGCUCACUUCAUCAACACCUACGCGGUGGACGAUAAUUUCAGCCAGGCAUCGGUGAUCCGGAGCUACACAAAAUUCGUGAUGGGGAUCGCUGUGAGCAUGCUGACGUACCCGUUCCUUCUCGUGGGAGAUCUCAUGGCAGUGAACAACUGUGGGUUGCGUGCCGGCCUCCCUCCCUACGCUCCUGCGUUUACAUCCUGGAUCCAUUGCUGGAGGUAUCUCAGUGCUCAGGGGCAGCUGUUCCGCGGCUCCAGCCUGCUCUUCCGCAGAGCGCCCAUGCCAGCUGCCUGCUUCCCCAUCGACUGACUCCUCGGCAGGGAGCGGUGAUGAACUCGGACUCCUCAAGAAACCCUAAGCUUGUUUCGAUACGUGUAUAUUUUUUCUUUUCGAUUCGAAGUCCAUGGUGCCAGAACAAGACACCUCUCCAGCAAGGCCAGCAACAAGUUGGCUUCUGAAGAUCUGGCUUCAGGCUCCAGCUGGACCAAAGCUCCAUCCUCAUGGCUGUCUCAACCGGGACGUGUAGCAGAGAGCGCAGAAGGGUAUUGUCUUGUCUCUUUGGUCCACGCUGUAGCUCUGGAGUCACUGGGGAAGUCUGGGAAACCAGAAAAUGUCCAGGUACUAAACGAGCCAGCCCAGAGAUGCAGGGACAAAAGACUGCUUUGUUCUGCCUGAGCUGAGAAGCAACAAGAGAUCCAAGGUCGCCUUGCUGGGAAGGCUAUGCUGGCUGACCAGCCUCCUGCUUCAUCUCUUCUGGAGAGGGCAAACGUUUGCAUGGCAGGUGGCUCAUCCUGGGUGAGAUCAGUCCUGCGACCCAUAUUUAAGGUUUUGAGAGUACCUGAACACUAGGGAGCACACCACUUCCCAUGGGCAUGAAAGGGAAAUUAUAGUAUCAAAACAGAAAAGGGAAACACGAGUCCCACUACAGAGAACAGCACAGUCCCAAAGAGACAGGUACGGCUCGGCUCCAGGGCAGUGCUAGGACUUGGACAUGGAGAGAGCACUUGGGGAGGUAUGUGAGCUGCAGAUGGUAACGGCUUUGGGAAGGCUUUUUGCAGCGGGACAGGCUGUAUUUAGGAUACACCCAACAGAGCUGCUGGGUGUAACCUGGGCAGGCAGCCUGUACACAUUUCUCAGGGGAGAUGGGUCCUGGGUUGAACUGGGACAACUGCAUCGCACAAGCAUCUCCCAGCCAGCAGGACCACAAGCCCUGCCAGGCUCCUGCCAAACCUGAGCAUCGCCACUUCACUGCUGGAUGCGGAGCCAGGCUUGCAGCGCUGCGCUGCUGCGUGGCAGCAUCCUGCUAAUAGCUACACACAGGAGGGUUCACCUUGUAGGAGGGGCACUCAGUCCGUUGCUGUCUGGAAUAAAGGAAUAAACCUUGAGCUAGCCAAAGGCUCACGAGGCAUUAGGGUCAAGAGCUCCUUGUGCACACGGGAGCACAACUGGCCCUUGUGUAGCAGGGCUUACCGGUGGCAGCAGGGCAGGAUUUAUCCUCGGCUCCCAAGAUGAGGUUUUUUUUGCACCAGUCUGUGCUGUUGUGGCAGCCAGGCAGAUUUCCCCCAUUUUGGUUCCCCCACGAAGCAGUCAUUUGCACAGAGGUGUUGCUGCACUCCCUGGGAAGGGGUUUUGGGGUCCUUGAGCAGGUUCCCAUGUGCUGCUGCAGGAGCAGCUGGGGUCGCAUCUCAUCCUGGUCGACUGGGGACCCCGACCUGCCAUUGCACAGGGGUUUUCCUCCCAUCAGACGGGUUUGAUCCACACCUCCCAGCCAGGGCUUGUGGGACAGUGCUGGUACUCACUGGGACCGGCGGUUCCCACCCAGCUCCGUUCGGUGUUGUGAAGUCUGUCCUGUCUGUCCUCCCUUCCUCCCAUACAGUUAAUGUUACAUUAGCAGAAGUUAAAUAAUGCAUGGCCCUGUUCCCUAACACCAGAGAUUACUUCAAAGAGGAUUUAACUAUGCUCCAAAAUACAGCUAUAAAACAAC